AUGGACUGCGGGACUGACAUCCUCGCCUCGAGCAUCAUGAGCACCGUUCACGGGGAACUCGAGCGCCAACCCGCCGCCGCCCCAGAAGAGGAAGAGUCCAUCCUCGCCCGGCUGAGCAAAGUCCUCAGACCGGAGUUCGACUGCCCGAUAUGCUUUGAGCUGUUUGAUGAGCCUGUCACGACACCGUGCGGGCAUACGUAUUGUCGUCCGUGUCUGAAGUCGAUAACUACUCUUGGGGAGGAUCUUUACUGUCCUGUUUGUCGUCAGGGUCUCACUUUGGAUGGGACGCCGUUUUUGUCGGAAUACCCGGAGAAUCGCAUUAUUAUGAAAUUGAUACCCGUCCUCUGGCCGGACGAGCUUGAAGCCCGGAAGGAUAUACCCCCUGCACCACCGCCUCGUCAGGACGAGAUACCCAUUUUUGCGCUGGCGACGGCGAUGCCGACGAUGAAGAUGCCGUUCCGGAUUUUUGAGCCGCGGUAUAGGCUUAUGAUGAAGAGGGUGCUGAGGGGGAAUAAGGAGUUUGGCAUGACGAUGGUUGAUCCCCUGACGAGGAAGGAGAGCGAUGUGGGGACUGUUUUGAGGGUGGAGACUCACCGGUUGCUUGACAAUGGGGAUUAUCUGGUCAAGGUGGUGGGGGUGAGGCGGUUCAGGGUUUUGGAGAGGAGGGUGAGGGACGAGUAUUGGAUGGCGAAUGUUGAGCCGUUUGGGGAUGUGAGCUUUGAGGAGGAGGAGGCGAUGGAGGCGAUGGAGACUGGAAGACAGCAAGGGGAGGAGGAUAAAGCUGAUGGCGCUCCUUUUGAGGUGGAGGGACGUACCGCCAUCGGCACUGAGGACACCGCUCCCACCCCCACGACAACCACCACGGACAUGACUGUGGAAUCACUUCAUACCGCCUCCACCAGGGACCUCAUGGCCUUUGCGUUUGGCAGGGCGAUGAAACACCGAAUUGACGACCCUCUCAUGCCUAGCGACCCAUCAAAAUUCACGUGGUGGUUUGCUCACAAGCUUCGGGAUCCACCAAAGAGACAGGACUUUUUGGUCGAAAGGAGCGUGAGAAGACGGUUGAAGAUGUGUUGUGAGAAGUUCAUCGAGCUUGAAAAGACGGCGAUGACUUCUUGGUGA